CCCCCCCUCAGCGGCUCCGGUGCCCCCCGGCGCCCCCAGACUCCGGCCUCCAGCACCGAGGCAGGAGGCAGGGAGCAGCAGCAGAGGCAGGAGGACGAGGAGGAGGAGGAGGAGCCGUCGCAGGAUGAAGGAUCGGACUCAGGAGCUGCGAAGUGCGAAAGACAGUGAUGAUGAAGAGGAGGUGGUCCAUGUGGAUCGGGACCACUUUAUGGAUGAGUUCUUUGAACAGGUGGAAGAGAUCCGGGGCUGCAUCGAGAAGCUGUCAGAGGAUGUGGAGCAAGUGAAAAAACAGCACAGUGCCAUCCUGGCCGCCCCCAACCCAGAUGAGAAGACCAAACAGGAGCUGGAGGACCUCACCGCAGACAUCAAGAAGACUGCCAACAAGGUUCGGUCCAAGUUGAAAGCGAUCGAGCAAAGCAUUGAACAAGAGGAGGGGCUGAACCGUUCCUCCGCGGACCUGCGCAUCCGCAAGACCCAGCACUCCACACUCUCCCGGAAGUUCGUGGAAGUAAUGACCGAAUAUAACGCGACCCAGUCCAAGUACCGGGACCGCUGCAAGGACCGGAUUCAGCGGCAGCUGGAGAUCACUGGAAGGACCACGACGAACGAAGAACUGGAAGACAUGCUGGAGAGCGGGAAGUUGGCCAUCUUCACCGAUGAUAUCAAAAUGGACUCACAGAUGACAAAGCAGGCGCUGAAUGAGAUCGAGACGAGGCACAACGAGAUCAUCAAACUGGAAACCAGCAUCCGAGAGCUGCACGACAUGUUUGUGGACAUGGCCAUGCUCGUGGAAAGCCAGGGUGAGAUGAUUGACCGCAUCGAGUACAACGUGGAACAUUCCGUGGACUAUGUGGAGCGAGCUGUGUCUGACACCAAGAAAGCUGUGAAAUAUCAGAGCAAGGCCCGGAGGAAGAAAAUCAUGAUCAUCAUUUGCUGUGUGGUGCUGGGGGUGGUCUUGGCGUCAUCCAUUGGGGGGACGCUGGGCUUGUAGGCCCCCCACCCCUAUCUCUCCCAGACCCUUCCCCCACCACAUUGGGAGCAAUACCCCCACCACCCCUUCCAUCCCCUGCUCCAGGCUCACCCCCAAGACAGACCCAGGCAGCCCCCCCUUUCACCCCCCCGUCAGACCCUGGAGUCUCUGGACCUCAACCCGCCAUGGACCACCCCUGCCCCCGCACGUAGAUAGCAGCAGGCGUGAUUACACAUGCACACCAACAUGCAUGCCGCCGGCACAUGCUCGAGACGUGUGGACACCCCAGCGUGUGUGUGUACGUGUGUAGAUGUGUAGAAGCACCAAAUUGCCCUUCUGGCCCCCCACCUCAGGUCUGUGUGUCUUCUGAGCUUCCCCCGUUCACUCGGGCUGCUGUGUGUAGACUGUGGCCGGGUACAACACAGCAGUCCACCAAGCCCCGCUCUGUCUUCUGUGAAUAGAUUGUAUGUGUGUGUGUGUGUGUGUGUGUGUGUGUGUGUGUGUGUGUGUGUGGGUGGCCACAGAUCCACAGACACACAGUUUGUGUACAUGGAAUUUUGUGUUUGAGUGUUUGAGUCCAACACAGUAGCACCUCUUCCACUGACCCCCGCCUCCACUGUGUCUGCUAGAGGUAGGGCAGGUCGUGAGUGUACGGACGCUCACACUCACAUGCCCAGAGGAUUCGGGUGGGCCCAGAUACAGUAGGCCAUGGCAGACACCCCAGUGUGAUGUUGAGCAAAUCUUUCUGGCUUCGUCGCCCUGGGGGCCGGCAUGUGUCCCAGGGAGCGUGUGUGUGCGUGUGUGCGCGUUGUGAGCCUGUGGAGUUUAGCCAAGGUGAGUGGACACAGGUGAGUGGAAGUAUACACGUGCAAAUAACCUAGCUCGGCCUGUGUAUACAUGUGCAUUUCCCCCAGCAGGUAACGUGAGGAAUACGUGUGUGUGUGUGUGUGUGUCUCAAGGAUGUGCCCAAUGUUGAUAGGUCAUCUCCUCAGACAGAGCCCUCCAUAUUGUGCCCUGGACACCUGUGUUGGGUAGGCCCAAAAAUCUGUAGUUCUGUGCUGUGUAGACCACAUGUGUGUGAGAGAGUGUGUGUCUAGAGGCUUUCUACAGAGUGUGUUUCUGCCCGCCUGUGUAUUAUAUGCACACACAUGUUUGUCUUUAAAGACAUGUGCUCCGUCCAGGUUUGUUUGUCCAGAUGUGUUUGCCCUCUCCCUGUCCCCCCAGAGCUGCUGACCAACAGCUCGUGUGGUCACACACGACCCGUCAACAUUGUGCAACUGCAGCUUCCUGCCCUGCCAGGUUUCAGAGCCCCUGUGCCUACGUCCUCAGACGCCUGUCUUUCUCUGUGUCUCUGCCAGAGGGUGGACCUUUGUCUGUGAGAACAAGUACACCUCAGUGUGCUCACACGUGCCCAGGCUGAGGAGGCCUCGUGCGGGUUGCCCUCCGCGGGCACAUACACACACACCGGAAUGUGCAUGCUAACACGGGCAGGGUGCCCAUCCAGGCUGUGCCCACUUGCAUGCAGAUGCCACCCGAAAGGGCUAUUUGUGGGAAACGUUACUGAUGGGGUGAAGGUCAAGGGCCGCCCCACACAGACUGAAAAUGAGGACCUUCCUGCUUCCCACACAUUUACCUCAGAGCUGGCCAGUGCUGGUCCUCCCCACCGCAUCCGAUGCUCUAGGCUCUGCCUCAGGGACCAGAACUGUUAUUUCAGGAGUACUGGAAAGGCCAGUCGGCCGCGGCCACUCAGGGUGAGUGGAGUCCCAGGCCCCGUCCCCUGCUGAAAUGUUGGCAAUAGCUGUCCCCACCCCUGCCCAUCCCCUGGGUUGAGGUUGAAGGUGAGGCACAGGCCCGAGUUUCUGAGGGUGAAGGAAGGGCCGGCUCCUCCCUCACUGUGUAAACAAUGCAUGCAUGUGCUAAGCACGGGCUGGGGGGUGGGGAGGUCAGGUGGGUGGGAGGUGCAUGAGCAAAGGACCCACAUAUAUAGGCUUGGACACACAAGUUCAGCAGUAUGCCCUGCCCCAGGGUUGGGGGUGUGUGUGCAGACUGUUUCCCAAAGUCCCACUUAACGUGAAGUGUGUGUGUGUGUGUGUGUGUGUGUGUGUGCGCGCGCGCGCGCGUGUAAGAGAGACAGGGAAACAGACCACAGGGAGAUGAUGCAGAUGUGACCUCUGGAACACAAUACCCCUCCCGCCCCCACCCCAGCUCAGGUAGCUCGACCUUUUCCCUAUGUGAGCUGUGUGAUCCCUGCCUGUGUGAGGCCAAUGCAUGUAACCCCCAAGGCGGGCUCUGUGGAAGAGGGGAGCCUGUCUGUCCCUUCCAAGAAUGUCCUUCUUCAGGACAGGCAGUUUGCCCCCGUGUCUGAUUACAGCCCUUCUGCUCCCAUCUCCGGCUUCUCUGGGGACAUCAGAGCAGGCCUCAGCACCCCCGCCCUUUUUCCUUCCUGUCGCCUAGCCAGGACACCUUUGCAGCCCCAGGUGUUUCCGGAAUUCCUACACCCCUGGGGCCACAAGAACAAGGCUGGAGCCACGGCUGGAGUGAUGCCGUUGCCUCCUUGAGUGGUAUUAGGCCCAUAGCUGCCCGUCCCUGGGUCUCCAUUGGACCAGAGGAUCCCCGGGGGUCUGCUGUCCCCACCUUCUGCAAGUCCCAUAGGUCAUAUGGCGUGUUUGGUUGCUGGCUGCUGUGUCUGUAUGUGUCCUGGAAUGUUGUCUGGGGCCUGGUGUCUUUUGCAUGUUCUUGGACGAGUGUGUGCUGCUCACCCUCCAUGCACCCACAACCACCAAGCCCAUGUGUGCCCUGUGGGUGGUCCUGGGCCUGGCCAGGGCUCGCUGCUUCCCUGUCCCCUUUCUCCCUAGCCCCACCUCUCACGAAGCACACUGCGUGUCCAUCCCAUGUGCCUGUGGGUCGAUGCACGCUCUUGCCACGCCUUGAGCGUGUGUACAUGAUGUGUUCUAUGCAUUCACCCUGUCCCCCCAGCCUGCCCCGCAGAGGACAAGAUGGGUGGCCCCCGGCUCCCUUCUUCCCCCCACCACCCCCUGCCCGCUGUGCAGCCGUGUGCGUUGGCGUGUGUUUCCGUGUCGCUGGCGUGUCACGUGAUGUAGCCGUGUUUGCUGACAUGAGCCCUUGCCCCUUCUGUUUCUCCGUUGGUUUCUAGAGCUCUUUCCCUUUCCUCCCCAGAGGGGACAGGACUCCUGGGGCCUGGCUGGGGGCCCAGAGCCAGGCCAUCCUCUCCUGUUAGCCCUCAGAGUCCCAUUUCUCUCUAUUGGUGACCAAGAUGCAAAUGGAUAAAACACAGGAAAAUUCUGCCCCGCCCCCUGCCCUGCAUGUCCUGUCCCCAGAGCCCCCCCACCCCUACCCCGGGCCGGGUCGGGCCCCGUGGGACGGGAGAAAUAGCAACCAAUCCAACAGCGGG